AGUCCACCUUGUCUUACUCUCUCGUCCACGUCAACGUUUUGUCGCUCCAUCGUCGGCUGUUCCCCUUGUUGUAUUUCGCGCGAUUCAUUCUCAGUACGGCGAGAUAAUCGGCUCGUGUGUGAACAUACAUGUGUGUAUCUACGAGAGAUGGACACGCAUCGUCGGCAUGAAAGCUCGUACUUGCAAAGUUUUCAACGACGAUUACGCUUCUGUUUGCGGAUAAAAUGAGCCGACCGUGAGUCGUGUCAUAAGCUUGAGAUGAGUCGUAAUAAGGUCGACAAUAUGAUUGGUAUCGCGUCACGCGUGCCGCCAAUAAAUUCAAAGAGCCGGUAAGGAUAUAUCUCGAUAAAAAAAUUUUUCAGAAUUGAAUUCUGAGUGAAAUCCGAAUGAAUUGAUCCUGCGAUGACGUAAAGCCAUGUCUCGCGCCGACAAACAUACUCUUCGAGAGUUUCGGGCUAGUCGCGGUCUCUCUUACGCAGUGCACGGAUGGCUCUGAACAAUUUAGUCGGCACAGAAAUCGCUUUGAAGUGUUUUGAAGUGUUUCGCACGUAAUUCGCAUUGUUUUUAACAAAGUGAACGACGUGUGUCUAUUGUAUACAUCUAGAUGUAAGAACGCGCGUGUGUGUUUCGAUAUUCCAUGUGUGACCGACUAAAGUGUCAACGUGAAUACGGCCGAUGUCACCUGUUGCUGGCAAUUAACGAAUGCGUCGUGCUCUGAUGCCGGCUUUAUGAAAAGCGAACCAGGUUCUUGGAGCGAGUGCGACAAUUUAGCUCAUUGUUAUCCCGACUUUUGUUCCAUGUUUCUGUUGUCAUAUUGUGAUCAACACCGUUACCGUUCGUUCAACCGUUUGUGGUGUCAUCGAUAAAGUAAAUAAGGUGAUCGCUCGCGUAUCGGACAUGUGAUCUUUUUUCGUCGCCGAUUUCUAUCGUUCGCGUUCGGGUUCGCGCGUUUGAUACAUCGCGGCUGAUCAGUGAGGCACGUAACUACUGGAUUAUUCGGGACCGAGGCUUCUUCGCGCUCCCUCCGCAGCGCCCUGCAACGCCAAGAUGACGACCGACAUGGCGACGUCGUAAAAUCGACGCAGCUCUCAUCCUUCAUGGAUUAUAAGUGAUAUCGCGGGACUAAAAUGAUCAUCAUCGUGGGACUCUGCGCUUCUUAACGCGAUUUGUUUAUCCAAAAACGUCGUCGCAAGUGUCGUCAUGACGCGUACGAAUCGCGCAUGAACGAUCACGUGCCACUCCAGAGAGAUCAUCUCGUCGACGAUCCAGGACAAACUGGUGACUCGUACGGCGCGCUUGACGUCUGACAGUGUCCGACGUAGGUGCGUUCGUGAUUGCAAUCAGAAAAAAAGAAAGAGAAAAAAGAAAGAUAAGCGAACGGUGUGAGCGAGAGAAUUGCGCGAAUGCGGAGUUUGUGCACGAGUACGGACUGUCGUCGUUGACGUAGCAGAAAAAUACGCGGAGCGUCAUAAAAAAAAAGGCGCUAGAGGGAUGCGGCCCACGGACGAAGGGUGGGGUCUUUGGAUACCGAUAAGGCUUAUCCGGAGAUACGAUGGCCGGCAACUGCGCUCGUCGAGUCGUCAGUCGUAGUGCUCAGGUGCCGUCGACGAGAUCGUCGCGCCGCUCAGGUCGCAGUGAUAUCGCGCAUCAUACGUCACUCUGCUUCGAGGAGAUAUCUUGAGACUAACGUUUCCGGUUGCUUGGUGAUAUCGCGGCAGUUCGUGAAGAGGUCUCUAGAAGGUACGACAGAUCGGCCUUUUUGUGAGGAGAUCGCGUUAUAUAAAGUAGCGACGAGACAAGCGAGACACGAUAACGGGCAAUCACUGCCGCGAGAGCGACUAAUCGCCGUUUCCAGGUCUCGAGUUUUUAAUUUGACGCUUUAGCGCGUUAAGUGGACGGCGACAAAAAGCGGCCACGUACGUACAUCGAGGGUGCGGACGAGAAAAAGUGAGAGGAGAAGGAUUUCGUAUUCUACAUCUGAAUCGUCUCUCAACGGACCUCCAAAGACGCUCCAUUAUCCGCUCUUCUGGCAUACUGAAGUAUACGAAAGAAAAACAAACGGUUGGAUCAAUCAGCUAUCACGCGCUAUUCGAACGAAUCGAGACUUUAAUGGGACUUUUAGUUUUUCGAGCGCGCGCUUUCGUGUUGUCAGUGUGCUUAAGCCACGCGAUGAGUGUGUGAUUCUCGUGCUAAGAAUUACGAAUCAUCGAACGCGAAGGUAGCUCGAGAGUGACCUGUGUCGUUUGUAUAAGUAGCCUGUUCGCGCGACAUACAGUAGAGUUUGAGGGUUUGAGGCCUUCAAACCGCAAGUGUAAAAUAAUCUUGUCUUCCUCAAGGAUAAACGAGAUCGAGCAAAGGAGACAUCAACAGCCGAUCGCCCAACGAAUCCCGAUGAAAAUGCUACAGUCGCUCAACGCUCUGGCGGGUAAAAUCUCGCCAGGCUCUCCCACGGACAGCAAUGCCAACAAGGUGCAUAUGCAUAACAACAACAAUAAUAACAACAACGUAGUGCACCACCAUCCCUACUCCAAACAGCAGGCUCAGCCGUCUCCAUCGCAUUCGGCCAACGGCGAUCAGAAGGAAAACACCAUAAUGAACAACAACAGUGUGGAGCAACCGGAUCCGGAUAACAUAAAGAUGUUUGUGGGGCAAGUACCUCACGACAUGGACGAGAAUGACCUGAGGACGAUGUUUGAAGAAUAUGGUCGAGUGCAUCAGAUAAAUAUUCUGCGGGACAAAAUCACCGGCAGCCAUAGAGGAUGUUGCUUCGUAACUUUUUAUACCAGAAAAGCAGCUUUGGCAGCGCAAAAUGCCCUUCAUAAUGUCAAAACUUUUAGCGGGAUCAACCUUGCGUACUACAAUUCCGCCGUUACGCGUCGUAACAAGAUGCGCCAUCCGAUCCAGAUGAAGCCAGCUGACAGCGAGAAUCGGAACGAGCGCAAGUUAUUCGUCGGCAUGCUAUCGAAAAAGUUCACGGAGAACGACGUUAGGAACAUGUUCAGCGCUUACGGAAUGAUCGAAGAAUGUUCGGUGCUGAGGGACAGUACCGGAAAGAGUAAAGCCUGUGCCUUCGUUACCUUCGCUAGUAAGCAGUACGCGAUCAAUGCCAUUAAAGCUCUGCAUCAUUCCCAGACAAUGGAGGGUUGUUCGUCGCCGUUAGUCGUAAAAUUCGCUGACACGCAAAAGGAAAAGGACCAGAAAAGGAUGCAGCAACUCCAGUCGAAUCUCUGGAAUAUCGCGGGAGUCAACAUCGCGCCGCAUUACCUGACCAAUGACGCGCAUACCUUGGCGCCUGCAUCGUUGCAGCUACUGCAACAAUUGCAGGCGACAACAAGCGCCGCGACUCCAGUCGCCGCUAACGCGGGAGCGGCAAAUGCAUUGUCGAAUGUGCAACAUCAGUUGCUAUUACAGCAACACCUUGGCCUUGGAGCGGCAACCCCCGCACAUGCAGCUCCCCCCGCUGUACCCAGUCCGGCGGAAAUCAAUCCUGCGAAUCUGCAAAGUCUCGCCACCCUCGCGUCCCUGAGCAACACUGCUGGUGAGUAUGCGAACGCGGGCGUAUCGCCGAUGAGUAUGCAGAACCUCGUCACUCUGGCAGCUAUGACCGGCGGAAACGGCAACCUCCAGGUGUCGCCAAACACGUUAAGCGGCCUGGCAAAUUCGACAGCAGGUAUGUCGCUAUCUGCUCUUCUGGGAAAAACAGGAAAUACAGGGUCUACCGGAGGCAGUCUUAGUCCUGUGACAUCUCUCACGCUCAACUCCUUGACGGGGACGCCGCUAAACGGGCUUCAAGACUCGCUGAGCAAUGCUUAUUCCAGUUUGCAACAAUAUGCAGGGUUUCCCGCGUUCACGGCAGCUGCAGCCGCUGCGGCGGCGGCAACGCAGAAGACGAAGUUCACUAACACAGAUAAACAGAUUGAGGGUCCCGAAGGUUGCAACCUCUUUAUCUACCAUCUACCGCAGGAAUUCAGCGAUACGGAUCUCAUCUCUACCUUUUUGCCCUUCGGCAACGUCAUAUCCGCUAAAGUUUUCAUAGAUAAACACACGCAUAUGAGCAAAUGCUUCGGUUUCGUAUCGUAUGAUAAUGCGGCGAGCGCGCAAGUGGCGAUCCAAACAAUGCACGGUUUCCAGAUUGGCAUGAAGCGGCUGAAGGUCCAGUUAAAACGGUCCAAGGACGCCUCUAAGCCGUACUAGCCGACGUCACAGAGCGUUCGUAGCAGGUGGCCUGUGACGUUGUGACCGUGUACUCUCGAUCGGAGUCGCCGUGCCAUGUCAGUCUCAGUCAGUCAAAUCGGUAUCGAUCGUUUGCUCGAUCGAUCGAUUGAUCAAUCACGAUUCCCCGGUCAGUCUCUCGAUCAGUCUAUCUGUGUCUGUCGGUGCCUGUAUAAAGAACAACACCCGCUCAAACGCGCUAUCACUUCCGCCGUAAGAUCCUCUGCCCGAUCGACCUCUACUCUCUUCUCAUCUCAUCCCCACGACCUUUCGCGCGCUUAUACCAUCUAUCCACAAGGCGCGACAUCGCUCAUAUUUUGCAAUCACGCCGAAAGUUUGCGCCUCGUACCUUCUCGAUCGCGGCUGCACACGCGAAACGUCGGACUCGCAGGAGAAUUCACGAUGCUGGACGUACAUGCGAAAGAUCACGAGCGAGAAAUUGUGCAGAGGAACACGACGAAGAGAGCCAAGAAAGUGGAACGGAAAGUGGAGGAUACCAACGACCGAGCUGGGUUCCUCGAACGAAGCUAACGCACCACGUUAAUUGUCUGUCCACAACCCCUCCCUGUAUAUAUAUAUAUAUAUAUAUAUAUAUAUAUAUAUAUGUAUAUAUAUAUAUACAGAUAUAUAAAUAUAUUAUACAUAUGUGUACAUACACAUAUAUGUGUACGUGUGUAUGAUAUGUGCGUGUAUACGCGUGUGUGACGAAAGCGCGACGAGAAUACUUGCGGCUGACUAGCGGUAAACGGGCGUUUCUCUUCAUCUUACGAUGAAAGGGGUUAAAAGGAUGAGGAACGAGCCGCGGCACAAGCUGUGCAAGAAAAUUUCUUAUACAUAACUAUACAUAUACAUAUACAUGUUCAUAAAUCGGUUUAUCGACUGAGAACUAUUUUUAUCGGCUCUAUUGUCGAGAUCGCUGUCAGCGCUUUUUACGGCGUCUGUUUAUAUAAUAUAUAAAUAUACAUACACACAUACAUAUAUGCAUCACGGCGAAUUGGGCGUGUAGACGAGAUAAUGUGUGUGUAUGAAAAAUAAUACCAGAGAGACGGAGGCUGGAAAAGAAAACGCGAAAGGACGAACAAUGAUCGUGCGAGACCGACGCGCGUGCGAUUUCUUAGGUUUUAAAUCGUGCAAAUGUACCAAAAACGAAACGGAUACAAAGAAAAAAAAAACAAAAACCGAUAGAUAGCGAAGAAAUGAAUGUAAGAAACAUUUUGUAGUAAUGACCUUUGUGAUAAGAUUGUAUCGUAUAGGGGACCGGAUUUGGGGCCGAUAGUCUCAAAAUGAAGCUGGGCCGGAUCGCUCAGAAGUAACACAUCAGGCGUCACGCGUUUAUCCAAUUUUAUUGGAUGAGCCGUCACUGGAAAGGCCUCGCGAACGUAGAAAAGUACACGAGAUGCGAGAAAUUUUUAACGAGUUUUAACGUCGGACGAGUUUCCCGACCGCGCACUUGCAUCGUCUUCUUUGUCGGGUUUACAAGUUGCACACUUUAUGCAAUUCUUAUGCAGUCUUA